UCAGGGGGGCCCUGACUGCUGACCAUGGGGCCAAGGCAUUGAGGGGCCCCGGACGAAAACAUUAAAAACGCAAAGAGCAGGGGGAUACGCAGGAAAAAAAAUCUUAAAAAAAAAAAAACAGUCGGACGGCAUCACAAUGGUUGCAGAAGAAGUGUUGAUUACAUUGUCUGGUGGAGCGCCAUGGGGUUUCCGUCUCCAGGGUGGCGUGGAACAUCACAGACCACUCCAGGUGGCAAAGAUACGUAAACGCAGCAAGGCCUGUAGAGCGGGACUGAGGGAAGCAGAUGAGCUGGUGUCCAUCAACGAACAGUCAUGUGAAUCGCUAUCCCAUGCCCAGGCAAUGAACCUCAUAGACAGCUCUCCAGGGAUACUGCACAUUCGUGUCAAAAGAGUACCUGCCGGAUUUCAGUCAGUGGUGCUUGUCACCCGCGCCCCAUCUCCUCGCAUCGACAAGGAGUACCGUGCUUCCCUGCAGGCCCUGUCGUCCACCGACCUCCAUCACCAAGCACCCAUCCGUGAGGUCCACCGUAGCCGCUCUUCCCUAACCAGCGGACUGACAUCUCCACCUGGUAGCGAGGCUUACUAUGGAGAAACUGAUAGUGACGCAGAUGUGGCAGGUUACGAAAGGCAACGCAGACCAAAACGACGCAGCCCCAGCAACUCUAACACGGCGAAACCAACAGGAAGAACCUCUCCUGAGGGCGGGGAGACGUCAGAGAUGAGCGGCUAUGACAGUGCUCCAGAUGCACAUGCGUACCCAAAUUUGUCAGAUGCACGUGGGGGAGGUGGAGACGGGGGGCUCCCGGGGGUGGCACGAAGGGAAGUGAUCUACCAGCCACCUGGUCCAGGAAUGUGGUCCUCCCAGACAUCAACUGAGACUUCUUCCAUCAUCUCAUCAACAGACGACCAGGGGCCACGCGACGGAGAGCAAGAGGAGGACUUUCUAGAGAUUGCUAACGUGCCACUGGUAUCCCCUGAGAGGGCAAAAGAGGCAAUGAUGUUGGGAUCCCGCAGUCAGCUCGUGCCCAUGGUGGGCCCUGUGAAUAAACCAGUCGAUGAGGAACUUACAACAACCUACAUGGAGAAGGCCAAGCAAGCCAAGCUCAACCGAGGAGAUAAUCCACAGGACAAGCAUGUAAAGGAAGCCAGAAGCAAGUGUAGAACAAUUGCAUCUCUACUGACGGAUGCUCCCAACCCUCACUCCAAAGGGGUACUGAUGUUCAAGAAAAGGCGACAGCGCUCCAAGAAGUACACCCUCACAAGCUUUGGCAGCGUGGAUGAGGAUCAGUGUCCAGACUCACAAGAAGAAGAUGGAGUUUUACCUGGCAGUGAAUCAGAAUUUGAUGAAGAGGGCUUUUCGGCAGUUCCUGACCCAACAUGGGAUAGUGACUACUUGAAUAUGCUAGAGAAGAGAGCAACUGCAGGCAUCGAGGGUCGUGGGGAUGGGGAAGAGGAUGCUCCAAGUCCAGGUUUGAAUGCCACUGCAGGGAAGGGUGCCCAGCUGUUUGAGCAGCAAAGAAAAAGGGCUGCUGAGCAUGCAAAGAAGGUGGAGGCAACACAGUCUCAGGCUACCCAACAGUCUAUCAUGGAGCAAGCUCAGAUGUUUCAUCCAGACAUGCAUAUGCAGAUGCAGCCACAUCUACAGCAAGAGGUAUCCCAAAACACAGGUCAGAUUUCUGUUGCAACGUACAGCAUGCCUAAUGGAGACCUAUCCCAGGCAGCAGUUAGGACAGCUAGCAUGAUGACCUCAUCUCCACCUGUGGAUGUGAUCACGGGCAAUAUAGCAACAAUAGAGAUGUCCAUACCAGAAGUACCCGCCAGUAAUGUUCUCAACAGAACUGCUCGUCCUUUCACACCUGGCUUCAUUGCUAUCCGGGCUGCAACUGCUCCUGUGGCAUUCAAACCACCUGCCCCAAAAACAAACCAGCGAGCUACAUCUGCAGCUGCUGUGCCACCACGAUUUUCCACUGUCCCAGAGCAGGCUAUUAAUGCUACAUCAGUAAUGUUACAGUUAUCUCCUGGUCCUCCUGGCCCUGCUAAACCUUCUGGUCCUGUAACUGAUACAGCAGAGGCUCCUGUUAUUCUAAACUCUUCUGCCUUUACCUCUUCUGUAGAGGCAACACAAACAGCUCAACAGACAACUGUGGCUUAUCCAGUUCAGUAUGUAACUGCACCUCCAAUGCCCAUACCGUCAAUGCCCCCACCUCCACCACAACCAAUGCUUUCAGCUCCAAUUCCUCCUAUAUCUCAAAUUCCCAGUUCAAUUUAUACAGUUGCUGUGGUUCCUCCAGUUGUACCAGUUACUCCUCAACCACCACCUCAAAUUUCCAUGACCCCUGUACUUCCAGUGUCCAUAGUCUCCCAGCCUGAAGCUGUCGCACCAACCUCUGUUGCUGGUCCAGGAGGUCGAACAGGAAUCUUACUUGAGGCUCGACGCCGUGGUGGCAAACCCAAACCUAUGUUCACUGUGCCAGAAAUCAAGAAAAACUCACCAAAUCCUGAACUGUUGUCCAUGGUGCAGAAUCUUGAUGACAGAACCACCCAGCACAAGUAUGCCCAACCAUUCUCAGAAGUUUUCUAUGAUGGCAUGCAGGAAGGAAGCAAUGCUGAGGUUGCUGCAGGGAGGAUGCCUCCCCCAGUAGCACCUAAACCUCGGGUUACGCAGGAGGCCCCACAGAUUAUCCAAGCAGGCGGUAAGGGAGCUCAGCUCUUUGCUCGUAGACAGAGCCGCAUGGGUAGGUAUGUUGUGGACACCCCCUCAGAGACCCCCUACCAACAGGAAAUUGCCCUGCAUAGUGCUGGCCAAGACCUUGACUAUUCCUCCAACCCCUCAAUUCCGUCUCAAUGGAAAUACUCCCCCAAUGUUCGUGCCCCUCCACCCAUUGGUUAUAACCCACUCCUGGCGCCCUCUAUCCCUACGGGGCCUCAGAGGAACAUGGGCAAGCCGAGCAGCAGGGGGAAAGAAGGCUCCCAAAGAGAGGGUAUAAAAGCUCUGGAUUUUAUGAGAAGGCAGCCCUAUCAGCUUAACUCUGCCAUGUUCAACUACAGUGGAAGUGCUGGUAAUCUAUCAGCCGGUCCAUCUUUCCAGGAUCAGAGGCACGGCCACUGUACAACAAUGGUGGGCAGCUCACUAACUUCACCAAAGCAAAUACCUGUAAAAACAGCUCGUACCUAUGAGAUAAAGCGAUUCUCAACACCGACACCUAUGUCCGCUCCAUCUCUGGUUCCCAAAGUCCUUGCACCCCGCUCAGCUACUACCCUCGGAGAGCGUAUAGAUCACUCUGACAUGACCACUCCACCUCCUGGUCUCACGCCAGACACCAACUUGGCACACAUCCCCUUCAGGGACCCACCCACACCUUCACUUUCCACCCAAAUGGCUGGAUUGCCCAGCCUUCCAAAAUUAUCUGCCAUGCCUCUCCUGAACCCUGGGCCUGAAGCACCAACACCUUACAGUCCAAUCUCCUACAACACUGGACUCCAGGCAGCCAAGCAGUUCCAGAGCGCUCCUGAGCUCAGCAUCCUUUCCUCGUUGCCUCCUCUCAAGGCCAACGCGGUUCAGGCACCCAAACCACGUUUUGUUGCUACCAAAGGAGGUGUACAGCCUCGUGUGUGGAGACCCGGGGCAAUUUAAGGAGGAAAGAAACCACUACUGCACCUGGACAUUAUCAUGUACUGUUCACCUGUUGUUGUCAUUACUUGUGGUAUGGGUGGGGGGGGCUUUUGCUAGUGCUCGUUGGUUUGUUGCGAAUUGAGAAUAACACAUCGUUUCAGAAGCUUUUUGGUCGGGGAUUGCUGGUUCACCAGGUUUUUAGAAAGGGGUGACUAUAGGAAGAUAUUUACAUACAAAUUAUGAAUGAAUGAAUGAUAAUUAUGUUAAUCACGGUUACUUUGCUGACAUAACUUUAUUCGCAUGUAUCCAUAUGUAUCACUACCACACUUUAUGCCGUGUAGCCCACCAUAUACCAGGGGGAGAUGAGGUUUUAGCAGAUGUAUUUCAUAUAAAAAUAUCAAUUACAUAACCUUCACUCCGUUGUUAAAAUACAUGAAUUUUGUGAAAUGUAAAUUCAUAUUUGUACUGUAUACAAACUAUGGAAUUAAACACUGUGAAUAACUCCUGUGGCAUAAUGGUAUUAAGUCACCUUAUAAAAACUGAAUGUAGCUUUGUUAGUGGAUGUCACAGCUUCUAAAUACAACAAUAGCGCAGCAGGAACUUCAUCCUAUUAAGUGUGAUCUUUAAAGAUAUGUGUACAUUUCAUUAAACAAAUAACACAAAGUAAAGAUUGGAUAUUUUAUUUUGUUGAUUUAAUUCAAAGUUGUGCAAGGGAAUGUUGACCUACGAUGAAGCACCAGAAUUUAGAAAAAGGGUUUAUGAUACGAGAGGGGCUGUGGAGAGUGAGGAUAAGAAUGGGCCUGAUAGAGGAAUGGAGUCAAUAAUAAACAUUACAAAGGAAAGUAUCAUGAGCAUCGUUUUGGAUGCGAAAUGCAAAGUGGAAUUGUUAAAGUAAUGAAAACCCACAGCCUAUAGAAUUUAAAGGAGGAUGACAAGAAAGGACCAGGACUAGAGAUUAGAUUAGAUUAGAUGGUUAAAAUGAGGAAAACUGAUGCACUGUGGUGUGCGUGUGUUUUCAUUCAGUUUUCAUGUGAUGUCCAUAUACUUUUGAUUGAAUGUUGUUAUUUUAGCUGAGGUUAUACUUUUGUUAUUUUCUACUAUUCCAAAAAUAUCUCCUCCAGCUAUCCCUUGCAUUGAUGAUGCCAUGCCUGCAAAACGUUUGGGGAUAUGAAGGUGUAAAGAAUGAUAAUGAAAAUGUGUCUGGAUACUGAGAACGUGAGUGGAGUUGUUUAUAUUUACAAUAAACUGAGACGUUUUAGACGAAUAAAAUUAGAUCUGUGGCACUCUCAACUUGUCUCAUAUGUCUGGUUCUAUACUGACCUUGUUGCUCAUUGGACAAUUUUUUACUUGAACAUACACUAUACAUUACACACAUUGUUAGGUAUACACACUCAACUGGUUGAAAUACAUUUCUUACAUACUGUAUACACAGUAGCGGUUCCAUGGCCACCCCUAUUUAACAAUUUUCGUAGCAGAAUAACAUAUUGUGGCGUGUUCGGGAGGUGUGCGCGUUGGCUUCCCAGCAUUCCUUGUGUUUGUGUUGAUCGCACCAUGAGUCAGUGGUUAGAAUUGAUGACCCUCUAUUCAU